AUGGACGCGUCCGUGAUCGCCAGCUUCCGCGAGAAGGUGGUGCAGCAGCCCGAGGUGUUCUUCACGCCGUCGGAGGAGGUCGCCAAGAACGUGAAGGCCUUCGCCAAGCAUGCGUUCGACCGCACGUCCAAAUACCAGAGCAAGAGCGGCAGCGCCGCGCCUCUGGAGGAGCUGUACGUGGACGGCUUCGACGCCGACCAGAUCUGGGAGCAGCUCCGCCUGCUGAACGGCCCGCUGGUGACGGAGAUGGCGCAGCGCAUCCGCACGUUCAGCAAGAAGCCCGAGAACAUCCUGCUGUUCCCGUCCGAGAAGCAGGAGGAGAGCGAAGAGGAGGAGGAC